UCACGAUCUGGCUCGAAAUGGAAAAUGAGUGAUGGACUGGCAACCGCAAUGUGCUUGUAGCCAUGGCGGGAUGGUCGACUCCAGCUCUCGAUCAGUUGCCAUCGUCUGGGCGGCUCACUUCUACUAGUUGUCGCAGUAGCUUUCCAAAUUCCUUCGGGAUGUGUGUUACGUUGGCGUCACGUCCUCAUAUCCGCAGACCCACCCUUACGCCUGAUCGGUACGUAUAUACGAGGAGCAGUAGCAUCAGCGGAAGUGCUAGUAGAGUUGCUAUCUCCAAGUCAAACCAACUCAAUGAACCGAAUGGGCUACCUCGCGAUCCCUGGCUGUAGCUUCAACAGGCGGUGCGAUUGUGCUUUGUGGUACCCGAUCCAUCAUAUCGGCGAGUUCAGGAUGGAGACGUCAGGUGCAUCGAUAACACAAUCGAUUGAUCGAGGCUUUCCACCGACACUCCUGGAGGCAACUGAUAUUGCAAAUCCGAAGGGCGGCCGUUUGGAGGUCUCAGAACCCAACUUCACCUCAACGAACCCCUGUCAAGCAUGCUCUCCCUUCAUCGAAAUUCCCGCCACGGGUUGGGUGGACAGCCACAGUACAGAGCAACAAGGCGAUAUCGAACGGCCAGCUCAAGCAACGAUAUUUGUUGGCUCUAGAAGGGUCAUCAUCAUCCAAGUUGCAGUGGAGUACUUCAUAGCAGGAUGCUCCACUGCGGUUGAACCUGGUCAAACUGUCAUCAUCAACAAUACACCAGUUGUAGUCCAAAGUUCGACGGGCAAGGUAGAGGUCAUCGUGGGCACCAAAACAAUCCCGCUAGAUAUGCCAAUUAUCCAGGUCACUGAUGCGUCGCAUCAACCACAUCCUAUCACCGGCACCAGCACACGCGAUAAUCUUUGGCCGUCGAGUACUAGUAAUAGCAAUUUGCUGUCUUCUCCACCGUCUCCGACAAACAAUCUAGACUCGGCAGCCGAUGUGCUGCGACGAAAAUGUAUCAUGACAGAGGGAUGGUUAGGAGGAACAAUGAUUCUGAUUUGGUGUAUGCUUUGGCUUCUGACUCGUCAACUGUGA